AUGCAGGCAUACGUGCUUCUGGUGUUACUCGCACUCCUUGUAGGAGCCCAGCUUCUGGCCAAGAUCUAUCGCGGCUUCGCGGCCCCACUCGCAUCCGUCCCCGGCCCUUUCCUUGCGCGAUUCACGGACCUCUGGUACGUAUGGAGGAUUCAUCAGGGCCGCUUUGAGGUUGAUAACAUUAAGCUUCAUGAAAAAUAUGGCAAAGGUCCCAUCGUUCGAUAUGGUCCGAAUAGAUUCAGUAUCAAUGAUCCACAUGCAGCGAAGGUGAUCUAUGGUAACGGCCACGCGUUCGCAAAGUCCACAUGGUAUGACACGUGGGGUGAUCCGAACCCUUACCAAUGGUCUUUGUUCUCGGAUCGAGAUGAGAAGCGCCACAGCGAGAACCGCCGUCUCUAUCAGAGCAUGUACAGCAUGUCAUCCUUGGUGAACUACGAAAGCUACGUCGACGAGUGCGCGGAUCUAUUUUCCAGAAGGCUCUCGGAGAUGAGUGGUAGAGAAAAAGCGGCGCAACCCGUUGACAUGGGACACUGGUUCCAGUGUUACGCAUUCGAUGUAGUGGGUAUGAUCACCUACUCGAAGAGACUUGGUUUCUUAGAUCAAGGACUGGAUGUCGGAGCGGUGAUCAAAAAUCUUGAAAAUCAUCUUUACUAUGCAACAAUGGUUGGAGUAUACUCAUACCUUCACUCAUACCUAGCCCCUAUCAGGAGUCGGCUAGGUAAACGGGGCACAGGUAGGCAGUUCAUCGUCGAGUUCACCAGGGGUUGCUUAGCAGACCACCAGACGAAACCCAAAGCAGUUGACGCUGAGGAUACUUCACACCUCUCGGAACAGUCUGGGACAAUGGAUUUUCUCUCCAAGUUCCUUGGAAAGCACUCUGAGGAUUCAUCAAUAUUCUCCCAGUAUCAUGUCUUGGCAGGGUGUGUGUCAAACAUGGUUGCAGGCUCGGACACCACUGCUAUCAGUCUCAGCGCCAUCUUGUACCAGCUUCUCCGGAAUCCGAAAGAGAUGAGCAAAUUGCAAAAAGAGAUUGAUGAGUUUUAUUCCCGGAGAACCGGUGAUCCUCGGCGGCUCAACUUCCAGGAGAGCCUCAAGCUACCAUACCUCCAGGCAGUCAUCAAAGAAGCAUUGAGAUUGCACCCUGCGACUGGUCUUCCUCUCGAGAGAGUUGUUCCUGAGGGAGGAGCAACUAUUGCCGGGAGAUUCUUUCCAGCAGGGACCAUCGUGGGGAUCAACACCUGGGUUGAGCACCACCACACAGCCAUAUUUGGUGAAGAUGCAGCCGCUUUCAAACCUGAUCGCUGGCUAACUACGGAUACCGAUCGUUUGUCGGCCAUGAAUAGACACUGGAUGCCGGUAAGCCCCUUCGGCCUGGGAUCACGAACUUGCAUCGGAAGACACAUCUCAAUCCUGGAAAUAUCAAAACUGAUGCCUAGAUUAUUGCACGAGUUCAAUUUUGAACUUUGCAGGGACGCUCCCUGGGUGACAAGGAACUGCUGGUUCGUCAAGCCAGUGGGCUUCGACGUUCGAGUCAAUGUACGGCGAUCGCAGGGUGUCGUGGUAGGGGUUGUUUAG